AAAUUGGGCUGCACAUAAUCAGGUGGUUAACAUUUUCUGAAAAGAUUUGAAAUCUCAUCUACCAGGAUCUAUUUGUCUUAACUAUUGGAUCAGGCUCACUGGCAUCUCAGGAUGCAAAAGAUGUAUGUUUCCCUCAAACCAGAAAAUCUCCUAGCACAAUGAUAAAGAAUAGAUAAGAGUCAAGGUCUGAGAUUACCUCCCUUUAAAACUGCUUUGUUAGGUACAUUUUCAUCCAAUUUGUGCCUACUGAACCAGACCAGGUGUCGUGCCCUUUAAGUUAAUUGUAUUCUGGGAACCCUUGGGGUCCCUUAUAUACCCAUGAGUAUGAUCUUUCCACCAGCGUAAUAGUUUUAUAAUGACCCCUGUCGGGGUAGGUUCCUUGUCAAUCAUUGGCUUAUUGGUGAAAUCAGCAGUCAGACUAAUUUAAAAAAUCAAACCUUUAUUAAUGCAAUUGCAGACAGAAGUUAACAAUGGAAGCACAGCAUGCUUGUUUCAGAGUAUGUUCUGCAACCAACCAAAGGGUGCAGCUAAUUAUAUACUUUCAUCACUUCCCUGAUGGUGUGAUCAUCUACUUCAGUGUAUAUAUAAGCUGAGGUAACCUAGUACAGUAGCUUCUCUGAAUUCAUUAGCAUUGACCAUUUUCAUACAAGAUCAAAAUAUCAAAACCAAACAGUUGUUACUUCUCUUUAUCUAGUUUCAGUCUGACUCACACCCAGUCUGCAGGCACACUUGCUAGUGCUUAACCGCAAAGAUGAAAAUAGAUAGCUUGUGAAAAGUAUAGUGACAGAGUUCAGACACAGCAACAGUACAAUAGUGAGACAAGCAUAUGAAUCUUAAGGUCCCCUUAAUAAUGGGGAGGGUCUUUGGGACCCUACACCCCAUAAUCCCUGGGCUGUUGGCGUACUCACUCAGAGCCAUCUACCUAUAGAACUCCAUAAGAGACAACACACUGUACACCCACACACACUCUCCACAUUGUUGGCACCGGAAGAUAAUUUGAAUGACUGCAAUAAAGUCCCCGGUUAAAUGCAGGAGGUGCCUAGACAACCCUAUCAAUAUUGACUAUUUUCAGAGAGGAGCAAAGCAGCACACAGACAGUCUCUCCAGUUAAAAGCGUAUCGUUUGACCCAUGGCAAACUUCACUACUACGGAAGAUGACUGCUGCGCCUUUGAGUCUCCCAUCCUGGACUAUGUCCUGCCUCCCAUCCUGGUGCUGGAGUUCAUGUUUGGGCUGAUGGGUAAUGUUGUGGCUCUGUGGAUCUUUAUUUUCCACAUGGACACCUGGAAGCCCAACUCUGUCUACCUCACACACCUGGCCGUUGCCGACUCCAUCGUCCUGUUCUGUCUUCCAUUCAGAGCCGACUACUACCGACGCGGCAAGCACUGGAUCCAUGGUGAUGUCAUGUGCCGGAUUAUGCUGUUCAUGUUGACGGCCAACCGCGCCGCUGGCAUCUUCUUCCUCACUGCAGUGGCUGUCGACCGUUACCUCAAGAUCGUUCACCCCAUGAACAAGAUCAACCGGAUGGGCCUGAACUAUGCUCGGUGGGUGUCUCUGGGCCUGUGGGGGCUGAUCAUCGCUGCAACCGGGUACCUGCUGGCCAACGAACACUUCUUCUUCCGCAACAACCGGACACAGUGCGAGAGCUUCAACAUCUGCAUGGGCUUCAGCCCGCUGUCUACGUGGCACAACACCUUAUACGUGACCCAGUUCUUCUUGCCCACCGCCAUUGUCACCUUCUGCACCGUCUGCAUCACCUGGCAGCUGAAGAACAAGACGAUCGACACCGGGGGGAAGAUCAAACGUGCGGUGCAGUUCGUCAUGGCCGUGGCACUCAUCUUCAUCAUUUGCUUCUUCCCCAGUACAGUGUCUCGGAUCGCUGUGUGGAUCCUCAAGGUCUCGUACAACGAGUGCCAGUAUUUCAAAGAUGCCAGUUUGGCGUUCUACACCUCUGUGUGUUUCACCUACUUCAACAGCGUGCUGAACCCCAUCGUGUACUACUUCUCCAGCUCUGCCUUCAGUGGGACCUUCCAGAAGCUGUUCAACAGACUGCUGGGGAGGAAAGAGGAGGAGGUACAGCCAGCCUCGCCUGAGGCUGGGACCGAGACUAGCAGUGCAAAUACAGUGUCAGGGAGGAGUAGUAACUUCCAAUCACUUGUCCAGGGUCAGGGCCUGUACUCGCGAAGCGUCUCAGACUUAUUCAUUGUGAUGUAAAAUACAAAACUGAUCCUAGAUCAGCACUCCUAGCCCUACUCUGAGACGCUUUUAUGAAAAAGUACCCAGGAGAACAAAAUAUCUGACUUUGUGUGAUUUUUCUUCUUCUGCUCUAGUGGAAUAUGGUGUGUUCUAAAGAUUAUUAACCAGAAGGAAGCCAAGGAGGUUGGAGAUAGUUGUCUGUUAGAUAUUAAUUUUAACAUUUUUAUGUUAUGUUGAUGUUCUAUAGCUAAAAGUAGAAAUUCAUUAAUAGGUUCGCUCAAUUAAGAAUUUGUUUGCAAUAUAACAGUGGAAUCUUUAAUGUAAUAUUUCAUAUUUACAAUACUUUGUCUUUGAGUUUUAUGUAUUUGCUGUUGAUUCAAGUAAAUUCAUUGUGAACUACAAAAGUAAAUUUCCUAAAGAAAAUGUGUGUGCUUGCUAGCUUGUCUUAAAGUAUUUAUGGUUGUGAAAUAAGUUAUAGUAGUGAUAGUGACUGCAGUAGCAAUGAUAGUGACUGGUUGUAGUUGAAAAAGUAGGUACAGUGAAAUCUUUCUGAUUAAGAGGGGGUCAAAUACUUAUUUCCCUCAUUAAAAUGCAAAUCAAUUUAUAACAUGUGUUUUUCUGGAUUUUUUUGUUGUUAUUCUGUCUCACACUGUUCAAAUAAAUCUACCAUUAAAAUUA